AUGGCGUGCCAAACUGGAAUCAGAGGUAUGUUUGUCUGUUUGAGUUGUGACUGGUUUUGUCUAGGUUUAGUUCGACCCCGCCGCCCGUUUAUAGGCAUUGUGAGUAUCAUAGAAUGGUAAAUGUUUGAUUUUGGAAAUACACAGUCCUAGUCUUUCUACCUUUCUUCCCAUUUUUCACUUCUAUUCCAACACUGCUGUCAUGACUAGUGACGAUGCGAAGCCGUCAAUUUCCUCUCAAGGUACUCAUUUCCUCUCUAGGAUUAUGUCCUUUGAAGAAUUGUCCAAAAUAGAAGGGUUUCUCAGUAAAGUGAACACCUUUCUUUCGUUUACGUUUACGCAUAUAACCUUGACGCGAUGUAUUCUCUCUCUCUCUCUCUCUCUCUCUUUCUCUUUUAGUUCAGUUUCCCCUCAUCCAUUUCUCAUCUUUCAUGCGGGGUCGGCGAAAGAAGAAAUGAGAAGAUGGAGAACAAUGAUGAUCCUGAUAUAGGGAUAGUGUUACACACCCAUCCAUGAUGCACUCAGACCCCUCAUAUGAUGUUUACAAUCUGUGUGAGCUGACGAACGAGCUUUUGAUUUCAUCCCUUUGCCUCCGAAAUCGCGGAUGGAUAUGAGGCGCGACCGUUUGUGGAGAGAGGAGUGCAUUCCGUUAAUAAUGGAAACCUGCCGGAGGGCCCAGCCGACCGUCCCUGGACGCGAAAUAGUGCACUUAGGGUUGGAGAGAACGCGCGAAAACAAACUGAAAGUCGCCGGCAAACAGUCGGGCCUCACCGCGCACCCCCAGGCCUCCGAUCCACACAGAGACAGACAUGAACAGCAGCUGUCUUAGAAAAAGAUGUGUCUUCCAUCAUCUCCCUCCUUUUUUGUUUCUCAUCGCCGGAUAUGUCAGAGGGAGCAAGUGGUGGAAAAGCUUAGAGAGCCCAACAAAACUAUACAGCAGUCCAGCCAGCCAACGAGCCAGCAAUUCUUUUGGGAGCACCACGAGCCGAGCCGCCCCACGGGUCUAAGCGAGGCGGUGGUGGAAGGAAGGGGGAGAAAUGACGAAAAGACGACGUUUUGCAGCUAACGCGGCACUUCGAAAUGCACUCAACUUGGGGAAACAGGCCAAACUGCGGCUCAUCAAGAUUGUGGUGAAUAAUGAGGAGAUGACGCCCAACUACGAGUUUGCCGGCACCGCCAACUGGCGCGACGACUGGAGAGCUUGUCUGCCGGAGUGCGUUGACGCCUACGAGCCGUGCUUUAUUCUCUUCCGCCUGAAUACCAUCACGGAAUGGGUGCUCAUCACGUGAGUUGUACCCUCGGUCAGAAUCCCCACGUUACACAACAUAAGGCUAUUCAAUCAAUCAAAAUUCUCAGUUUAACUUUCUCCAAACACAUGUGUUCCCAAUCGGUUCCCAUCAAACAAAACUGUUCCAGGUUCGUCGACGAUCGUGCUCCGGUCCGCGAGAAAAUGCUUCUGGCCGCCACAUGUGCCACAUUCAAAAGCGAGUUCGGACAGUGCUACAUCGAGCACGAGAAACAUGUGACCGACCGCAAGGUGCGUGAAUAAACUUUGACAAAAACACCGAAUACGUUGGCGUUUUACGUGUUAUUCACGCCUCGCCGCAUGCUGAUACGUCGCCCGACCCGAAAAGACCUGUUGUCGAUUUUUGUUGUUGCUAGCUUCGACAUUCUUUUAUUAGUAUGCAAAUAUCGUAUCUUUUUUCAGGACCUGACCCUCGACGCUUUCGAAUCGUGGCUGAAGGCCAAGACCGAGUUGGGACCGAUGAGCGAAGUCGAGAGGGAGCUUCAUAAUGCUCAGCAGGAACGCGCCACCAUCAUCCACGCCGGGCCACAGCACAUGAAGGGAGUCGCUUUUCCGGUGGACCGAAAUGCAGAGGAGGCGUUAAAGAAGUUGGGCAAAGGACAAUUGAGCUUCGUUCAACUCUCGGUAAGAUUAGACCCUCUUGGCCGAAAUAGUUUCCCGACCACUUGAAGAAAGAAGGGUUCGACUGAAGACCCUAAUCCAAUUAGCCUAAUUCACCCUGUCGAGUUACACCACAUGGAAAUAGAUUUAGUAAUACUAGUGCGGAGAGAGAAUUGAAAAAGAGGACAAUGAAAUUCUUGACUUCAUUCCAUUUCAGGUCGACACUCUUAACGAAGCCAUCAAACUGGAAGGCACUCUGGACGCCCUGGAACCGACACAGUUGGCGUCGAAAGUGCCACGUGACAAGCCACGAUACACGUUCUACAAUUUCGACCACUCAUGGGAGGGUGUUCCGCAAAAGUGCACUUGUGAGUCUUUGGUCCUAUCGGGCGCCAGAAUGGUGCGGAAGGGGAACGGCGGACCGAAACACAAAAGAUUGUUCGUAUAAAGUCGGCAAUUAGGCGGUGUUUUGCAAGGAUGAAUAGGGAGAAUCCGAGUUUUUUUGUGUGUUUUCCGAACAUUUUGCGGUUCAAUAAGCCUAAAAUUGCUGGGGAAAACGGGAGUAAAUGAGGGGGAAUGGACAUACAUAGUUAGUUGUAAAUGAGGAAAACACAGUUGAGCUGACGGAAAUGGGCAGGACAUUUGAAUGAAUUAGAAAAAAAACAGUUGGAAAAACUAGUAGUUAUCCUUGAACAGCGCAGGCCGAAAGAUUUCCGAAGGCCUGACCGAUGGGAUUAUCUGGUCCGACAAUGCAAAAACGACUACUUUUUUCCUCAGAUCCACAUCUGGGGACCAGACGAACCGAUUGGUUUGUAUCAGUUCUCAAUGGAACGGCUUGGCUCUGAUUUCAGAACAACUGAAUAAACAAAACAGGGUCUCUAAAAACCACAAUUCCGAACGCUCUUAUUUUCAGUGUUCAUCUAUUCGUUGCCAUCGUCGGGUAGCUCAAUCAAGGAGAGAAUGCUGUACUCGAGCUGCAAGGGUCCGUUCCUGAGCGCGGCCACCAACCAAUACGGAGUUGUGAUCACUAACAAGGUGAGCAUUGUUGUUAAUAUUUGUCUUUGACACACUUCACUGCUUGUUAAUAUCACUGAACUCAUGCAAUCGGAACAAUAAAAACAAUUCUAAAAUCACUGAAUAACACUAACAGUAGCAUCCAACAUAACCCGUCACUCUUCACUUUCCAUAUAAGUUGUCUGAAUUUUUGCAGAUGGAAGUGGACGCUCGUGACGAUCUCUCCGAGAAAGCGCUUCUCGAAGUCAUCCACCCGUUGCCGGUCGAAGCUCCGAAGCAGUUUGCCCGUCCGGCUCCACCACGUGCUGGUCCUCGUCGUAUCACCAAGGUCUAA